AUGGAACUGCUGUGCCGUUCCCAAGAAACACUGAAGUUCUACCAGAAGCUCAAUGCAUUCCGCAGCGGCUUCGUGUCGCGAGCCGAAAUGUGCAAGUAUAAGGACGGGAGCCUCUUGACGAACGGACGUGAGGCCAGCCAACAGGCCAACCAAGCCGUAAAGGACGCCAUCAACCCGACCACACCGCCUCCGAAGUCCCCCACUGACGACGCUGUCGAGUUCAAUCGGCAGAAAGUCUCCCUCCAGGUGCCGGACGCCGUCUUCGGAAGCUCGUUUUCGCUCGUAACGAACAUUUCAACGCAGUUCGGCAACCUGAUCAUGAACUCUGCUCGCCGUGCCGGCGAAUUCCUGUGGAUCUUCCAACCGCUGAUCGGUAAUAAUCUGACGAUUGAAAUUCCGACCACGACGACCACGACGGCAAGGACUACGACCAGACGGGCUACGACCACCAGCACCAGUACUGCUGCUAUGACAACAACUACUGCUGCUACGACUGUCAGCAGUGCCGAUACCAACGAAAUCAAAUAG